CGGCUCACUCACUGGCAAUGGCAUACUGAGAGAGUCCUGUGACUCGGCGGAUAAAACAUGCAACCACGAUCAGGGUAUCUGAACUGAACAUGUCCAGUAAUACUUGGACAACACCAGUGACAUUUCUCGCAUCGCCAAAUACAGCCAUUUCCUUGGCUUUUAGCAUUCGGGUAUUGUACGCCACGCGACUGAUUCUGCGCACGAUGUCGGAUUGGUGUGGUAUACCGCGGAUCGGGGGCGGUCACAGCGGAGUCCAGAGGCCUCGGCGAGUGGCCUUCGGGCCUUUAUAUCUGCUGCAAAGUAUGGUCCAUGCUGAUGCAUCAUUUUAUUUCAUUCAGAUCCGUUUGAGAAACACUAUAUUCAAAUCAUCCUAGAAAGCACGGCUACAUCAAAACAAGGCUCGAUGGCACAUUAGAAGAAAUUAAUAUAUUUACUACCCUUCCUCCGCCAUCUCCCUGCGAUGAAAUGGGUAAAUUCUGGGUAUUCCACCCGCUGGUGGCUCUUCGUCUUCAGGGAUCGUUUCCUCUGAGUAACCUCUCCAGUUG